AUGUCAGAUAUUGGUAAUAAUGGUGAUAAUGGAGUUGAUAUUGAUGAUAUUGGUGAUAACGGAGAUGAUAUUGAUGAUAAUGGAGAUGAUAUUGAUGAUAUUGGUGAUAACGGAGAUGAUAUUGGUGAUAAUGGAGAUGAUAUUGGUGAUAACGGAGAUGAUAUUGAUGAUAACGGAGAUGAUAUUGAUGAUAAUGGAGAUGAUAUUGGUGAUAACGGAGAUGAUAUUGAUGAUAACGGAGAUGAUAUUGAUGAUAAUGGAGAUGAUAUUGGUGAUAACGGAGAUGAUAUUGAUAAUAAUGGAGAUGAUAUUGAUGAUAUUGGUGAUAAUGGAGAUGAUAUUGGUGAUAAUGGAGAUGAUAUCGAUGAUAUUGGUGAUAAUGGAGAUGAUAUUGGUGAUAAUGGAGAUGAUAUUGAUGAUAAUGGAGAUGAUAUUGAUGAUAUUGGUGAUAAUGGAGAUGAUAUUUGUGAUAAUGGAGAUGAUAUUGAUGAUAUUGAUGAUAUUGAUGAUAUUGGUGAUAACGGAGAUGAUAUUGAUGAUAACGGAGAUGAUAUUGGUGAUAACGGAGAUGAUAUUGGUGAUAACGGAGAUGAUAUUGAUGAUAAUGGAGAUGAUAUUGAUGAUAAUGGAGAUGAUAUUGGUGAUAACGGAGAUGAUAUUGGUGAUAACGGAGAUGAUAUUGAUGAUAAUGGAGAUGAUAUUGAUGAUAACGGAGAUGAUAUUGAUGAUAAUGGAGAUGAUAUUGAUGAUAACGGAGAUGAUAUUGAUAAUAAUGGAGAUGAUAUUGAUGAUAUUGGUGAUAAUGGAGAUGAUAUUGAUGAUAAUGGAGAUAAUAUCGAUGAUAUUGGUGAUAAUGGAGAUGAUAUUGAUGAUAACGGAGAUGAUAUUGAUGAUAAUGGAGAUGAUAUUGGUGAUAAUGGUGAUAAUGGAGAUGAUAUUGAUGAUAUUGGUGGUGAUGGAGAUGAUAUUUGUGAUAAUGGAGAUGAUAUUGAUGAUAUUGGUGGUGAUGGAGUCAGUCAGGCUUCUGUUCUCUCUCUGCAGUCGCAGACGUUUGGAGGAAAAUCUGUGGAACGACACGAGGAACUGUGA